AUGUCACCGCCCGUCAUUCGUGCUAGAGCCUCCCGCAACUGCGGCAACUGUCGGGCUGUCAAACGUCGAUGCGACAAACAAGUUCCCUCUUGCGGACAGUGCACCCGCCUGCGGGAAAAAUGUCCCGGAUACCGGGACGAGUGGGAGCUGGUCUUCCGCGACCAGACCGGCCAAACCAUCCAACGAUCCAAGGAACAGCAAAAGAGUAAGAACGGGAUAUGUCUUGAAACACAGCAUACCAAGUCCGAUUUGGUUCUGCCACCCUGCAGCCGCAGCCUUAGCCCCAGCGUGGGCCAGAGAGGCGUCAACUACUUCUUCCACCACUUCGUCACCGGCGACCACAGCCCAGACCGCGGCUAUCUCAACUACAUCCCCGCCGUGCUCGGCGCUGACGGGGACCACCCAACCCUCGUGGCAAGCAUGGCAGCCGUGGGUCUGGUCGCGCUAGCAAACUCCACGCAGCAGCCCGAGUUGGUGCGGCAUGCGCGAGUCAAGUACUCGCAGGCGAUUUGCAGUUUAAACGAAGCCUUGGCGUGUCCCGUUGAAUCAUGCAAGGAUAGCGUGCUGAUGUCCGUGAUUUCACUGGGCGUUUUCGAACACUUUUCUAAUUUUGAGUCUUGGGUGCGCCAUGUUCAGGGUGCGGCGGCGCUGGUUGUCGUUCGGGGCAGGACUCAGUUCCGGAGUAAAGUCUCUAUUUUGAUGUUCAAUCAAGUCCGCGCGGAUAUGAUCAUCGCUUGUUUGCAUACGAAUAGGCCGUUUCCGGAGGAUAUGUUGUCGUUGCAGGAGGAGGCGUGCAAUUAUACUGACCCGAUGAGCACAUUCUGGCUGUUGGGAGUAUACGCAACCAGGUGUGUGAACCUGCUAUUCGGGGUGCAUAAUAAGGUCAGUGACUUUCCAUUGUCGCACUGGAUCGAAGAGGCAGCAACCCUGCAAUCCGACUUUCAAUAUAUCCUGGGAGUCCUGGGCAUUCAGGAACCGUAUACCACAGUCCGGCAAUCAACAUUCGACCCAGCAGUAGCAUAUAAUGGGCGGUACGAUGUGUAUAGUAGCCCCUGGGCAAUCAGGGUCUGGAAUAAUGCGCGCAUCAUGCAGAUGAUUGUCAGUGAGAUAAUGUUUUACCUACUCAACGGGGUUCUCAGGUCAAAUCCGCCUCCACCUGCCUCGGCCGUAGCAGCUGCAAAGGCAAAGCUGCAGGAUACUGUGCAGAUUCUGGCCGGGCUAGGAAAUGAUAUGAUAGCGACCGUUCCGCAGGUCCUAGGCCGGGUUGGCCCAGACCGUCUCUCCGCUGCCUCCUCGGACGCGGGAGUCUCUGGUGGGUACCUACUGAUCUGGUCUCUCUACAUGGUGGGAAAAUGUCCAGUCACAACAGACAAAGCACGGCAAUGGAUCAUCGGACACAUGCGACAGAUUGUGGGGAGUUCAGGCAUUGCGAUGGCGGUGCGGUUGCUGGAUGACGUUGUUAAGAUAGAAAACAACGCUUCCUCUGAAAGGACUGUCUCUUAUACACCAUCGGAGCUUGAAUCCUGA